CCUGUCAAAUCGAUCGCAGCUGGGGAGGAGUGAGGAAUCCCUAAGUCUCACUUAGGUCUCCUCCAGCGAUCAGCCCCCUUGCCAAUGAGGGGGUGACAUGCGAUCGCCUCCCUGCCGCUAAAACAAGAAGUUGCUCGGAUCUUCACUAAAUCACGCCUGUUCGGAUUAUUCUCGUCCCCCGUGCGUUUUCCUCCCGUGUUGGUGCAGAUGUCACCUUCUGCUGGUCUUGGUGAAUGUCUCUGUGCGGCGAAUUUACCUAAAUGUGAGCGACGCCAACUUCUAAAUUAAGACGGCAGAAGUGGCGCCGGUGGCGGCUCUGAGAUCACCGGUCCGGAGGUGCUGCUCUAAUCGUCCCUGCGCAAUGAACAAAUUAUAACAUUUCACUCAAGUCGGAAAUUAGAAUCACUAAAGUGAAGAACAGUAACAUCUGAUUCUGACGGAUUUCUUAAAGCCAGUUGGGGUGAAUUACACCAUCGAUCGUAUCGAUUCAGGGCCGCCCGGCUGCCAGGGCUGCACCCAGGCGAUGACAGCCGCUCCGUCCAGCCGACCCGGUGCCGGUGCUGAGGAGGACGGGAUUUAAGCGAGCGAGGGAAGCGGAGAAAGGACGAUGGUGUGGGCACGGCCUCUGUGUUCAUGGCAAGCCGCUCUUCUGCUGUGCGUGAUGCUGCAGUGUUGCUGGCUAGCACACGCUGGCAACCGUAACUCGCGAGGACAGACUGCCCAUUACCAGGUGAAGCAGGGCACCUGCGAGGUGGUGGCUGUUCACCGCUGCUGCAACAAGAACAAGAUCGAGGAGCGCUCGCAGACCGUCAAGUGCUCCUGCUUUCCGGGCCAGGUGGCGGGGACCACCCGGGCGCAGCCAUCCUGUGUGGAAGCCUCGAUCGUUCUCCAGAAGUGGUGGUGCCAGAUGCAGCCGUGCCUGGAUGGCGAGGAGUGCAAGGUUCUUCCCGACCUCACCGGCUGGUCCUGCAGCACCGGCAACAAGGUGAAGACCACCAAGGUCACGCGGUAGCAAGAAAAAACACACAGACCAGCCGCGGACCUCGAGGCAGGUCUCAUCGUCUGUGUCCCGGAGUGGUCAUAGUUAAAGCAGACUGAGGAUGGACCACCUAGCUGGCGAGCAUGAAAAAACGAGGUCAAAGUCAUAAGAAAAAUAAAUGUACUCAUAGAGGCUCGGAGUGCGGAAUAGUGACCUCGACCCAUAAAGACAGCCCCGCGAUUUCCAGCGCUACUGUACAGGCAUGUGUGUGUGUAUGUGUGUGUGAGGAUCCGGACUCCGCAAAUGCCCCUGAAAAGCAUAGAGACCAUGCACCGCACUCUGGACGUCAGACGGGCUACGAAGGCCCCGGCGGGCCGCUGCUGGGUAGUGCCGGCAUCCACGAACCUGGAUUCAGCAGUGCUGCAAUGUUUAGAUGUCUGAGCAAGUUAAUAUAUUCGCAAGUGGAGGAGGGCCCAUGCAUUUUAAAUCAAAUUAUUGUUAAAUUGCUCUUGUGGGUCAAGUUACUACCAUGAAAUGUUUUCUGAAAGUCAUUUUGCAGUUCUAAUUAAGGUUGCUGAUAGGAUCGCAACAACACAUUAAAAAUUCAUGUCAUAUAUUUGCACUAGUUAACUAUUUUCUGACCCCAUUUUUCCGUCAAUUCCUGUCUGUCUCUGUUUGAUGUCACGUAAGAAUUAAAGGACAUAUUUUAUAA